CUCCGAACGACGCAUGAACCACUAAUCUCGAAGCGGGUUAUUUUCUGAAACCUUUUCGCAGGAUGGCUCCGUGUAAUUUUCCCUCCGUCAUAUUCUUUUGCUUCACAGUUUUGUGGGCAACUUCGAAAGCAGCCUUGCCUAUAGAACAAGCGACUCGAUCUAAAGGACAAGAUGAUUGUAAUAUCAAAAGCGCCAUUUGCAGGAUGCAUAACAGAACAGUAUCAGGAGCGAUUACUUUGAAAUAUCAAAGACCAGGCGGUCCUGUCUCAGUGUCAGGUCAAAUCAGAGGAUUGAAUUCAGGUCUUCAUGGUUUCCACGUUCAUCAGUACGGUGAUCUUUCCAAUGGAUGUACUAGCGCCGGUGGACACUACAAUCCUUACGGACUGGAUCAUGGAGCACCAACAGAUGCUGUUAGACAUGUGGGUGACUUGGGUAAUAUAGAAGCUGAUAACAAUGGAGUAGCUACUGUGGAUAUCGUAGACAAUGAACUUCGCCUGUGUGGGCCUUUGAGCAUAUUAGGAAGAGCCAUUGUGAUUCACGAGAGAGCAGACGACCUUGGAAGAGGGAGUAAUCCAGAAAGCAAGAAAACGGGUAAUGCGGGAUCUCGACUUGCCUGUUGUGUUAUUGGAACCGCCCCAUCAUCUUGAUUGAAUGUUUCAAAAUGUACAAAGGCAUUACAAAAAAAAUAUUUCUAAUGUAAUUUUAACUAUCGUGAAAAUUUUCCUUUUUUUAUAUCAUAAGUUUUUAUGACAUUGUAGGAGAUAAUCUUUCUUAAAUAAAAGGUAGUAUUUUCUACUA